GUGCUAUACAGUUGGUCUUUGUUGUUCCUCUACUUUAUAUAUAGUAGUGUAUUUAUGUUAAUCCCAACCUCCUAAUUUAUCCCUCCCCUCAGAGUACUAUUAAUUUUUAUCUGUGCUUAUUAUGUGAUACUUCUUUCAAUAUUACUAUCCUGCUUUCUUUUAGGUGAAAGUGAAUGUUUCUGGGCAGAGCAGGAGGAGGCAGACGGCAAACCAGCUUGGGGAGGCACUUGCGGGGCUGCAGCAUUGCGGAGAGGCCAUGACAGAAUCACCCCUGAAAGUGUGCAUCGUGGGCUCGGGGAACUGGGGUUCAGCUAUUGCAAAAAUAAUUGGUAAUAAUGUUAUGAAACUUCAGAAGUUUGCCUCCACGGUCAAGAUGUGGGUCUUUGAAGAAAUGGUUAAUGGGAGAAAACUGAUAGACAUCAUAAAUAACGACCAUGAAAAUGUAAAAUAUCUCCCUGGACACAAGCUGCCAGACAAUGUGAUCGCAGUCGCCAACCUCAGUGAGGUUGUGUGGGAUGCAGACCUGCUGGUGUUUGUGAUCCCCCACCAGUUCAUCAACAGCAUCUGCGAGGAGAUCUCUGGGAAAGUGCCCAAGGGCGCCCUGGGCAUCAGCCUCAUCAAGGGCAUAGAUGAGGGUCCGCAGGGGCUGAAGCUCAUUUCCGACAUCAUCCGAGAGAAGAUGGACAUUGACGUCAGUGUGCUGAUGGGCGCCAACACUGCCAAUGAGGUGGCUGCCGAGAAGUUCUGUGAGACCACCAUCGGUAGCAAGGUAAUGGAGCACGGCCUCCUCUUCAAAGAACUUCUGCAGACUCCAAAUUUUCGAAUUAAGGUGGUUGCUGAGGCAGACGCUGUUGAACUUUGUGGCGCUCUGAAGAACAUUGUGGCUGUGGGAGCCGGGUUCUGCGACGGCCUCCACUGCGGCGACAAUACCAAAGCUGCCGUCAUCCGCCUGGGGCUCAUGGAGAUGAUCGCCUUCGCCAGGAUCUUCUGCAAGGGCCACGUGUCCAAAGCCACCUUUCUGGAGAGCUGCGGCGUGGCCGACCUGAUCACUACCUGCUACGCGGGCCGGAACCGCAAGGUAGCUGAGGCCUUUGCGGCGACCGGAAAGACCGUUGAAGAACUGGAGAAGGAGAUGCUGAACGGGCAGAAGCUGCAAGGACCACAGACUUCCGCCGAGGUGUAUGGCAUCCUCAAACCGAAGGGACUGCUGGACAAGUUUCCAUUGUUCACGGCGGUGUACCAGAUCUGCUACGAAGGCAGGCCUGUAGAAGAAAUGUUGUCUUGUCUCCAGAAUCAUCCUGAGAAUACAUAAAGGGAAUCACGCAGUAUGUUAGGGAAAGUCCUGCCUUUCUGAUUGCUUGUCUGGAUUCAAAUGGAAACCGGGAUUUGGCCACAAGAUGCUGGUAUGACUGUAACCCCAUCACAGGUGCUGUGAAUUUUUACAGGUUCAUUUUUUAGCAUAUAUGAGUCUGUGAGUGUGUGCCUUCCUUGUUCUGUGGAUGUUUCUAUGAACCAAAAUUA